AUGGACGAGAGUGUCAUCUAUGAGAAGACUCGGAUUGAGCGAUACACGUCUCAAUCUUGGGAGUCAUUGAAGACAAAUCCUUUGUAUAAGGAUUUGGUUGAAUUCAGGGAUGUUUUCCCUGAAUCCGUGCCAUGCAAGCUGCUUAAGGACAAAGGCAAUCGGCAUGAGAUUGAACUGAAACCCGGUUCAAAGUACUGUGUCAUUAAGCACUGGCCACUGCCUCGUGAACAGGUCACAGCGAUCGACAAACUCUUUGCCGAUCGCUUAGCGGCUGGUCAUGUGAGGGAAUCAGCAUCCCCACGCAGCUCUCCUACCUUCUGUGUGCGAAAGACCACAGGAGGGUGGCGGAUAGUGCACGCGUUCAACAAAUUGAACGCUGCAACGGUACCGGCUCAAACGCCGAUACCGAGGAAGGACGUCAUCAUUGAUGGUAUGGCAAAAAGUACCAUCGUUUCGUCCACGGAUCUGAUGGAUGGAUUCUAUCAGAUCCUCAUGCGUGAACGGGACAUCCCAUAUACAGUAGUGAGCACUCCCAGUGGUAUGCUCUGGGAGUGGCUAGUGAUGCCACAGGAGAUAAGUAAUGCCCCUGCAACGUUCAACAGAUGUGUUACGAAUCUGUUGCGAUCGGUGCGACAUUUUGCACCGAGUCACUUCGACGAUUUCUUCGUCCAUAGCCGGGCUAUGGAUGGAAAGACGGACGUGGAGGUUCAUAGAAUGCACGUCCAGAAAGUUUUUACACUCAUGCGAGAGCACAAGUUGUUCGCGAACCUCAAGAAGUGUAUAUUCGCAGCGGACGAAUUGCCCCUUCUUGGCUGCAUCGUGGGUAAAAACGGCGUACACCCUGAUCUGAAAUGA